AUGUCUGAUUCUUAUCAGCAUCAACUAACCAGCCCAGUCAUCCUGGUGAGCUGCAUGGAACCUAAUAAACCAGCUCAGGUAGAAGAUAAGAAGACCACAGUAAAGCGGGUAGGAAUGGCGGAAGAGUACCAGGACAAGCUUACUAUGGCAAACAAUCAAGGAAAUGACAUAUUUGGAGCCAGAAGCACUCCUCAGUCUGGGAGGGUUUCUGACCUGGAGCAGCAGGUGUGGAUCUUUCGUGGUCAGGGCCUUGUGGUGGUUCCAUGGAGUAGCAACAUAGCCCCAGUCACCAUCACGGUCCUCGCAUGCAAGUAUCCGGAGUCUCUGGAGCAAGGCAAAGGGAUUCCCAUUUAUAUGGGAAUCCAGAAUCCAGACAAAUGCCUGUUUUGUGAGGAAGUUGAUGGACAGCCCACUUUGCAGCUCAAGGAGGAGGAGAUUUUGGGUUUGUACAACCAUCCUGAGCCCAAGAAGCCCUUUCUAUUUUACCAUACCCAGACGGGCAGAACGUCCACCUUUGAGUCAGUGGCUUUCCCUGGCAACUUCAUCGCAUCCUCCAAGAGUGGCGAGCCCAUCUUCCUCACGUCAGAACAGGGGAAAUACUACAACAUUAACUUCAAUUUAGAUAUAGGGCCUUGA